AUGAUUAUGGCACAACAUAUAGACAAUGAUCGAUUACAGAACGAGAUUCAUUAUCGUUUUGACUAUUUUUCUAAGUUGAUUAAUUUUACAACAGAAGCUGUUACAGCAUUGAAUACUUUUGCAUCAGCAGCACUUCCAGUUAUUCCAGAUAUUGUUGAUUCGGUGUAUAGAAAAGUAUUUCAAUAUGAUGACACAAAAAAUUAUUUUAUUAUACAUAAUGAAAAUCUUUCAUUGGAAUCAGCACCAGUGGCUUAUCGAAGAGAUAUGUUAAGUGGUUAUUUCAAACGAGUACUUUUACAACGUGAAUGGGCAAACGAAUUUUUGGCAUAUAUUUCCACGGUUGGUCGAAUGCAUACAAAUAAAAGUCUUCUCAUUGAAGCUGUUUGGUCAAAUGAAAGUCUCGGUGGUAAUAUUAAAAGAAGUAUCUUAUUAGCAUUAAAUAAAGUAUUUCGCAUUCAAAAUGAUUUAUUUCUUAUGGACUAUCUUGAAUCAUCUCAAGACAACUCAUCAACACCAACAACAUUUCAUGAAAAAGGAAAAUGCAUCUGUAGUUGA